AUGAGAUUAUCAUUGUUGAAUAAUCGGUCGGUUUUAAGAAGUUUUACUCUUGCAAAAGAUUUUCCUGUUUUAAAAAGGCCAUUCUAUUUAACACACACCAAUCUUCAAUAUAAUGCCCCAAACACUCAAGUUCCUUUACCAGAUGACCCAAUUCCAAGACCUUUUUUUGAAAAAAAACCAUUACCAUUAAAUUUAACACAUGAAGCAUUCACUAAAGAAGAAUUGGACGAAGCAAGAGAAGAAAGAUUAAAAGGUUUAGGCCCAUAUGUAUCUCGCUUACCAAAAAGUAUAAUCCCAUAUGCUGAAUUGAUGAGAUUAGAAAAACCAGCAGGUACUUGGCUCUUAUAUUUGCCUUGUACUUGGUCUGUAGCAAUGGCUGCCAUUCAAAAUGUAGCUAUUAUCACACCAACAAACGUGUUGCUUACUUUAACGGUAAUGGGGUUGGGUGCUACGGUUAUGAGAGGUGCAGGUUGCACAAUUAAUGAUUUAUUGGAUAGGAAAAUUGACUCAAAAGUUUUAAGAUCUGUAGAAAGGCCCUUGGCAUCCAAAAGAGUUUCUGUACCAAAUGCGAUUGGGUUUUUAGGCUUACAAACAGCUGUUGGAUAUGGAUUACUUUGUACUUUACCCAUUGGCUGUAGAUUUUUAGCUUUGGCAAGUUUACCAUUGGUUGCAAUUUACCCACUAUGCAAGAGAAUCUCCUAUUAUCCACAAAUAGUUUUAGCUUCAUGUUUCGAUUGGGGUGCAUUAUUAGGUUGGGCAGCCCUUGGUCUAACAAUGGGGCCAGCAGAAUGGGCUUCAGCUUUAUUACUAUAUGCAGGUGCAAGCGCUUGGUGUGUAGCCUAUGAUACAAUAUAUGCCCAUCAAGAUAAAAAGUUUGAUACAAAAGUUGGUAUUGGUAGUACUGCUUUGGCUUGGGGUAACAAAAAACUAAAAAAAAUGUGUACAUAUUUAUCAAUUUUCCAAUUUUCAUGCAUCACAAUGGCAGGGAUUACUAGUGGUGUUAUUGCAGGACCAGGUUUCAUCACUGGGCUAGGUAUAUUUGCUUGGAGGGUUGCUAAGAUGAUUAAGACAGUAGAUUUAGACAAUCCAAAUGAUUGUGGGCGUCACUUUAAGAAUAACAUUAAAUCUGGUAUGUAUUUCUCUUAUGGAUUGUUCUUUGAUUACCUAUUAAAAUGGUUUGGAAUAUUUUAA